UUGGAGGGCGGUCUGCGGACGAGCUCGACACGCGGGGCAGGAGCAUCCAGUCACCGCCAGCGCCUUGGAGAACCGCCCGCCCGCCCGCCUGCCCGCCAGAACCUCUCCCAGAUCCUCUUGUCUUCCCUGAAUCUCAGUCUCCCACCCUUUCCGCAUACCCCCGACGUCCCCGCUGCUCCCCGGGUCCCUCAGGCUCUUUCCUGGAGCCACCUUUCGUGCCCUUUCCUGGAACCCUUUUCCUGCCCCCACGCGGAGUGCUGCCCCUGCCACCCACACCCCUGCUCGAGCCCCCCUCCCCGCGCGUGCCAGGACCAUGGCGGCGGUGUGCACCGCACCCCUCCUCUGCAGCCUCUUGGCGCUGCUAGCGCUGUGCCCAGGGGGGCACACACAGACGGUGCUGACUGACGACGAGAUCGAGGAGUUCCUCGAAGGCUUUCUAUCCCAGCCGGAGACCCGGCCCCGGGAGGACUACGGGGAGGUCGAGGCCGCGCCACUUCCCGAGCCCACCCAGCGCGCCCGCAAAUCCCAGGCCGGCGGCAAGCCGGGGGCAGCCGCAGAAGUACUUCCAGAAAAGAACAAAGACAAAGGGAAGAAAGGGAAGAAGGACAGAGGCCUCAAGGUGACGAAGCAGCCCCUGGAGGGGGCUACAAGAGCCCCCAAGAAAGGAAAGGAGAAGCCACCAAAGGCCACGAAGAAGCCCAAAGAAAAGCCACCCAAGGCCACCAAGAAGCCCAAGGAAAAGCCACCCAAGGCCACCAAGAAGCCCAAGGAGAAACCACCCAAGGCCACCAAGAAGCCCCUGGCAGGAAAGAAGCUCUCAACUACGGCCCCCUUAGAAACCAUGGAGUGGCCACUGCCCCCACCCACCAGUCCCAGCCCCGAGGAACAACCACAGGAGAGAGGGAGGACCUUCCCAAAUCCCAGGCAAGGUCAUGGAGAGGAAACCCAGGUGGAAACUCAGAAGCACUGGCCAGAGCCAGAGGAGGAAACUGAGGUACCUACGCUGGACUACAAUGACCAGAUAGAGAAAGAGGAUUAUGAAGACUUUGAGUACAUCCGGCGCCAGAAGCAGCCCAGACCACCACCUGGCAGGAGGAGGCAAUGGCCAGAGCGUCUUGAGGAAAAAAUUGAAGAGCCAGAGGAAAGGAAGGAGAUUGACCCACCUCUGAAGCCCCUGUUGCCCCCUGAUUAUGGGGAUGGCUACUUGAUCCCCAACUAUGAUGACAUGGACUAUUACUUCCCCCAUCCUCCACCACAGAAGCCAGAUACUGGACGGGAGGUGGAUGAAGAGAAGGAGGAGAUGAAGAAACCCAAAAAGGAGGGCAGUAGCCCCAAAGGAGAGACGGAGGACAAGUGGGCUGCAGAGAAAAGCAAGGACCACAAAGGGCCCCAGAAGGGUGAGGAGCUGGAGGAGGAGUGGGCUCCAGUGGAGAAAAUCAAGUGUCCACCUAUUGGGAUCGAGUCACACCGCAUUGAAGACAACCAGAUCCGUGCCUCCUCUAUGCUACGCCAUGGCCUGGGAGCUCAACGGGGCCGGCUCAACAUGCAGGCUGGUAACAAUGAAGAUGACUACUAUGAUGGGGCAUGGUGUGCUGAGGAUGAGUCACAGACGCAGUGGAUUGAGGUGGACACCAGAAGGACGACUCGAUUCACAGGCGUUAUUACCCAAGGCCGGGACUCCAGCAUCCAUGACGACUUUGUGACCACCUUCUUCAUGGGCUUCAGCAAUGACAGCCAGACCUGGAUGAUGUACACUAAUGGAUAUGAGGAAAUGACCUUCUACGGGAAUGUGGACAAGGACACACCUGUGCUGAGUGAGCUCCCUGAGCCGGUGGUGGCCCGUUUUAUCCGCAUCUAUCCACUCACUUGGAAUGGUAGCCUGUGCAUGCGCCUAGAGGUGCUGGGCUGCCCUGUAACCCCUGUCCACAGUUACUAUGCACAGAAUGAGGUAGUGGCCACUGACAACCUGGAUUUCCGGCACCACAGCUACAAGGAUAUGCGCCAGCUGAUGAAGGUGGUGAAUGAGGAGUGCCCCACCAUUACUCGAACAUAUAGCCUGGGCAAGAGCUCUCGGGGGCUCAAGAUCUAUGCUAUGGAGAUCUCGGACAACCCUGGGGAGCACGAGCUGGGGGAGCCUGAGUUUCGCUACACAGCUGGGAUCCAUGGCAAUGAGGUGCUAGGCCGAGAGCUACUGUUACUGCUUAUGCAGUACCUGUGCCGUGAAUACCGAGACGGGAACCCUCGAGUGCGCAGCCUGGUGCAAGACACACGCAUCCAUCUGGUGCCUUCGCUGAACCCUGAUGGCUAUGAGGUGGCAGCGCAGAUGGGCUCAGAGUUUGGGAACUGGGCGCUAGGGCUGUGGACGGAAGAGGGCUUUGAUAUCUUUGAGGAUUUUCCGGAUCUCAAUUCUGUGCUCUGGGCAGCUGAGGAGAAGAAAUGGGUCCCCUACCGGGUUCCCAACAAUAACUUGCCCAUCCCUGAACGCUAUCUGUCCCCAGAAGCCACGGUGUCCACAGAGGUCCGGGCCAUCAUUGCCUGGAUGGAGAAGAACCCUUUCGUGCUGGGAGCUAAUCUGAAUGGUGGCGAGCGGCUUGUGUCUUACCCAUAUGACAUGGCCCGGACACCCAGCCAGGAGCAGCUGUUGGCUGCAGCAAUGGCAGCUGCCCGUGGGGAGGAUGAUGAGGAGGGCUCUGAGGCUCAGGAAACCCCAGACCACGCCAUCUUCCGCUGGCUGGCCAUCUCUUUCGCCUCUGCUCACCUCACCAUGACUGAGCCCUAUCGGGGAGGGUGCCAGGCCCAAGACUACACCAGCGGCAUGGGCAUCGUCAAUGGGGCCAAGUGGAACCCCCGUUCUGGGACUAUCAAUGACUUCAGUUACCUGCAUACCAACUGUCUGGAGCUCUCUAUUUACCUGGGCUGUGACAAGUUCCCCCAUGAGAGUGAGCUGCCCCGUGAGUGGGAGAAUAAUAAGGAGGCACUGCUUACCUUCAUGGAGCAGGUGCACCGUGGCAUCAAGGGUGUGGUGACAGAUGAGCAAGGCAUUCCCAUUGCCAAUGCUACCAUCUCUGUGAGUGGCAUCAACCAUGGUGUGAAGACAGCAAGUGGAGGUGACUACUGGCGCAUCCUGAACCCGGGUGAGUACCGUGUGACAGCCCAUGCAGAGGGCUACACCUCAAGCACCAAGACCUGCAAUGUGGACUAUGAUAUUGGAGCCACCCAGUGCAACUUCAUCCUGGCUCGAUCCAAUUGGAAGCGCAUUCGGGAGAUCCUGGCUAUGAAUGGGAACCGGCCCAUACUCCGCAUCGACCCCUCACGACCCAUGACCCCCCAGCAGCGGCUCAUGCAGCGGCGCCGGCUACAGUACCGGCUUCGGAUGAGAGAACAAUUGCGGCUGCGCCGCCUCAAUACUACUGCAGGCCCUGCCACAAGCCCCACCCUUGCUCCUACUCCCACUCCUACCCCUACACCAGAUGUUACCUGGAGGCCCUGGAGCCUUCCACCCACAACCACUGCAGGCUGGGAGGAAUCGGAGACUGAGACCUACACAGAAGUAGUGACAGAGUUUGGGACAGAGUUUGGGACUGAGCUGGAGGAGGAAGAAGUAGAGGAGGAGGAAGAGGAGAUGGACACUGGCCCUAUGUUCCCAUUCACAACAGUGGAGACCUAUACAGUGAACUUUGGGGAUUUUUGAGACAGGAUCCCAAUGGCCUUACCCAACUCAAACUAAAGCAGCACUUCCCAAGCCUGUGCCGGCAGACCUAUAUCCAGCAGCACCUGGAAGACCCCGAGUGGGCCCCCUAACCCAGUGGGGGCAUGAAGGCCACCAGGACUCCAAAGCCAGAGUCUGUAGGAUCUCCAGUUCUACUGGAGAACUUUGGGGAGGGGAAGGCAAGGAAGCCAAGGUCACACCAAUAAAACAAGCUCAUGGCAUUGACCGCCAUCAUUUUGA